AUGGCUGAUACCAAGGAUGUCGGCGCUCCUGCGCUCGACACGACCAUCGAGCAUGGCGGCUUCGACGAGAAGAAGGCCCAGGGCGCCGUCGCCCAGCCUACCAAGGAGGUUCCUGCCGAGGAUGAAGAGGAGGACGAGGAUAUUGAUGCCUUGAUCGAGGACCUCGAGUCCGAAGAUGGACACGCCGACUUCGAAGAAGAGGAGGAGGGCGCUGUCGGAGCUGCCCGCCGCAUUCCCGAGGACAUGCUCCAGACCGACUCCCGUGUUGGUCUGACCGAGUCUGAGGUUAUCGCCCGCCGCAAGAAGUUCGGUUCCAACCAGAUGAAGGAGGAGAAGGAGAACCUGGUUCUCAAGUUCCUUGGCUUCUUCAUUGGUCCCAUUCAGUUCGUCAUGGAGGCCGCUGCUGUUCUCGCUGCCGGUCUCGAAGAUUGGGUUGAUUUCGGUGUUAUUUGCGGUCUCCUGCUGCUUAACGCCUGUGUUGGUUUCUUCCAGGAAUACCAGGCCGGUUCUAUCGUCGACGAACUCAAGAAGACUCUCGCUCUCAAGGCCACUGUCCUCCGUGAUGGUGCCCUGAAGGAGAUUGAGGCCCACGAGGUCGUUCCCGGUGAUAUCCUCCAGGUUGAUGAUGGUUCCAUUAUCCCCGCUGACGGUCGCAUCGUCACCGAGGGUGCCUUCCUCCAGGUCGAUCAGUCCGCUCUUACUGGUGAAUCUCUCGCUGUCGACAAGCACCACGGUGAUGAGUGCUUCUCUUCCUCCGCCGUCAAGCGUGGUGAGGCCUUCAUCGUCGUCACUGCCACUGGUGACAACACCUUCGUUGGACGUGCGGCUGCUCUCGUUUCCGCUUCCUCCGGUGGCACUGGUCACUUCACUGAGGUUCUCAACGGCAUUGGUACCAUUCUCCUGAUCCUCGUCGUCGCCACUCUCCUCAUCGUCUGGGUUUCUUCAUUCUACCGUUCCAAUAAAAUUGUCCGCAUUCUGGAGUUCACCCUCGGUAUUACCAUUGUCGGUGUCCCCGUUGGUCUUCCCGCCGUCGUUACCACCACCAUGGCUGUCGGUGCUGCCUACCUCGCCAAGAAGCAAGCUAUCGUCCAGAAGCUCUCCGCCAUUGAGUCCCUCGCUGGUGUUGAGAUUCUCUGCUCUGACAAGACCGGUACCCUGACCAAGAACAAGCUGUCUCUCUCUGAGCCCUUCACUGUCCCCGGUGUUGAGCCCGAUGACCUGAUGCUUACUGCUUGCUUGGCUGCUUCCCGCAAGAAGAAGGGUAUCGAUGCCAUCGACAAGGCUUUCCUCAAGGCCCUCAAGUUCUACCCCCGUGCCAAGAGCGUUCUGUCCAAGUACAAGGUUCUCCAGUUCCACCCCUUCGACCCCGUCUCCAAGAAGGUCCAGGCUGUUGUUGAGUCUCCCCAGGGUGAGCGCAUCAUCUGCGUCAAGGGUGCCCCUCUUUUCGUUCUCAAGACUGUCGAGGAGGACCACCCCAUCCCCGAGCACAUUGAUCAGGCCUACAAGAACUGUGUUGCUGAAUUUGCUACCCGUGGUUUCCGUUCUCUCGGUGUUGCCCGCAAGCGUGGUGAGGGUGCUUGGGAGAUUCUCGGUAUCAUGCCCUGCUCUGACCCCCCUCGUCACGACACUGCCCGCACUAUCAACGAAGCUAAGCGUCUGGGUCUCUCCAUCAAGAUGUUGACUGGUGACGCCGUCGGUAUUGCCCGUGAGACUUCCCGCCAGCUCGGUCUUGGUACCAACGUUUACAACGCUGAGCGUCUCGGUCUCGGUGGUGGUGGUGAUAUGCCCGGUUCCGAGGUUUACGAUUUCGUUGAGGCUGCCGAUGGUUUCGCUGAAGUUUUCCCCCAGCACAAGUACGCCGUCGUUGAGAUUCUCCAGCAGCGUGGUUACCUCGUUGCCAUGACUGGUGACGGUGUCAACGAUGCUCCCUCCCUGAAGAAGGCUGAUACCGGUAUUGCUGUCGAAGGUUCCUCCGACGCUGCCCGUUCCGCUGCCGAUAUUGUCUUCCUUGCCCCCGGUCUCGGUGCUAUCAUUGAUGCCCUCAAGACUUCCCGCCAGAUUUUCCACCGCAUGUACGCCUACGUUGUCUACCGUAUCGCCCUGUCCCUCCACAUGGAAAUCUUCCUCGGUCUUUGGAUUGCCAUCCUCAACCAGAGCUUGAACCUGAACCUCAUCGUCUUCAUUGCCAUCUUCGCCGAUAUUGCCACCCUGGCCAUUGCCUACGAUAACGCUCCUUACUCCCAGACCCCCGUCAAGUGGAACCUUCCUAAGCUCUGGGGUAUGUCCGUUCUCCUCGGUUUUGUCCUGGCCAUUGGUACCUGGAUUGCCCUCACUACCAUGUUCGCUGCCGGUAACAACUACGGUGGUAUCACUGAGAACUACGGUGAUAUCGAUGAGAUUGUCUUCCUCGAGGUCUCUCUUACUGAGAACUGGCUGAUCUUCAUCACUCGUGCCAACGGUCCCUUCUGGUCUUCCAUUCCUUCAUGGCAGCUGGCUGGUGCCAUCUUUGUCGUCGAUAUCCUCGCUUCCCUCUUCGCCAUCUUCGGUUGGUUCCGUGGCUCUGACCACCGCACCCACAUCACUGGUGUUGUCCGUAUCUGGAUCUACUCCUUCGGUAUCUUCGCCGUUAUGGGUGGUCUCUACUACUUCAUGCAGGGAAGCGCUGGUUUCGACAACCUGAUGCACGGCAAGUCGCCCAAGCGUUCCCAGAAGCAGCGAUCCCUUGAGGAUUUCGUUGUCUCUCUCCAGCGUGUCUCGACUCAGCACGAGAAGUCGACCUAA